GAUGUCAAUUUCCUGCUAUUUCUGCCAAGGGCAACCAGCGUCUUUAUGUUUACAGAAAAAAGUAACAUGUGCGUCAGAUCACAUGUGUUUUAUGGAGUCGAUAACUUCCAGUAGAAAUGAGACUUUGUUUGUGGCGGGAUGUCGAACUAGGAAAUUAUGUUCAUGGAUGGUCUCCCCUGUCGGCAGACGAUCAAUCGUAGACCAAUGUGCCCAAUGCUGCGAUGCUACGUCAUCACCACUUUGUAAUGGACGUCUAUGUAAAUUCAAUGAAAAAGGUAAAUGCCGGGUGUGCUCUGGACUCCAUUCUGAUGCGCAUACCUGUCCAAUCUCAAAGUGUGCAGACAACGAGAUGUGUUUUACUGGAACUAGAUUUAUAGGAGGAACCAAGUUAAGAGUGUUUGGCUGUGAAAGUACGCAUAUGUGUGUAGCUCUGGCCAAAGCCAUUGCUGCCGUUCCUCCUGGGCGACGUAACGUUGAUGGCGACCAUGGUCUACACACGUGUGAUGCAUGCUGCAUCGGAAACGAUUGUAACGUCAGAGAGUGCGAGGACCUUGCCACCGAGAUGCCUCUUUUACUAAAUAUGACUCAGGUUACUGGAUAA